GCUGAGGUGUUCCACGGGUAUGCUGACAGUGGAGGAUAAAGGGGACAGCAUCUUUAUUUUAAUCUCUCCUUUUCUCAGUCACAAUUCCCCAACUCCAGCAACAGAACAUUGAUGACAAUAUAUCACCUGGAGUGUUCCGCCUGUCCUCUGCCUCCAUCAUCCUGUCUGAUUGUACACUGUGUUUGAACAGACUGAAGAGCAGUCUCUGUGUUCUUUUGAACCCUGACCACUGACACACACUGUACCCCCUCACAUCACCCCCUCCCUUCCCUCUCCUCUAUUUUGCCAUGUCCAAUGACAGCAGCCUCCCUGGUGUCUGGGAGGCCUCAGAUUGGGCAGACACCUCUCAGUGCCCACCCUCGGUGGGCGGGGCAACUUUUUUGAUUGUGGCUUACAGCGCUGUCAUAGCAAUUGGGUUGCUAGGCAACACAGGACUGGUAUUUAUCAUUGCCCGGCAACAGGAGUUGCGCAAUGUUACCAAUAUCCUAAUCGCCAACCUGUCAUGCUCUGACAUCCUGAUGUGUGUGGUGUGUCUGCCUGUUACUGUCAUAUACACAUUGAUGGACCGCUGGGUACUAGGAGAAGCCCUGUGCAAGGUGACCCCCUUUGUUCAGUGCAUGUCAGUGACAGUUUCUAUCUUCUCCUUGGUGCUGAUUGCUCUGGAGCGUCACCAGCUGAUACUCCAUCCCACUGGCUGGUCCCCCGCUGCUGGCCACUCCUACCUGGCUGUGGGUAUGACAUGGCUGGUUGCCUGCUUCAUCUCUCUGCCCUUCCUCUCCUUCAACGUCCUCACUAAUGAUCCCUUCCAGAACAUCAGCCUGCCCGCCAAUCCCUUCAGGGACCAUCUGAUCUGUAUGGAGCUUUGGCCAACUGAUAAGCAUCGUCUUGCCUACACGACUUCGCUGCUGCUCUUCCAAUACUGCCUGCCACUUCUGCUGGUGCUCCUCUGCUACCUCAGGAUCUUCCUACGCCUGAAACAACGCAGGGACAUGCUGGAGCGCAGUGGGAGGACACGGGGAGCCCAGAGGAUAAACGUUAUGCUCUUAGCCAUCGUCAUAGCCUUCGCUAUGUGCUGGCUGCCUCUGAAUGUCUUCAACACAGUGUUUGACUGGCACCACCAGGCCCUACCCGACUGCCAGCAUGAUGCUGUUUUCUCUGCUUGCCACCUAACAGCGAUGGUCUCCACUUGCAUUAACCCUGUGGUGUACGGUUUCCUAAACAGCAACUUCCAGAGGGAGCUGAAGUCAACGCUGCUGCGCUGCCAGUGUGGCAGCCAGGCAGCAGAAAGCUACGAGAGCUUCCCUCUCUCCACUGUGGCCAGCGAAGGCUUGACGAAAGCCACCUCCCUCAACAGGAUGGGAUCAGUUUCUUCCCCGAGACCUGAGAUCAGCUCAGGAUUUCCAGUGAAAACAAUACCAGCUAACACCUCAUAAUGAGAACUGUCAAGCUGUGGCUGGGAGGUAAAUGGCUUGAAAAAAGCUGAAAAUUGAACAGUGGAUAAUAGACAUUUCCCAAGCAGAUUCUUUACUUUAUCUCCAUAACUUUCUUGAGAGAGCUGCACAGCUUAUUUACUCAGAAGGACAGGAAAGGACAAAGUCCUUAUCUGAUGUAGCUUUAUACUCCAGACUAUGAGACAGACAUAUUGUGAAUGGAUUCAAAGAAAUGGAGCAUGUUGAGAAAGCAGAAGAGUUGUUACAAUUGGCCAUUUGUUAAGUUUGCCAACAGGUAAUGUUGCCAGAUGGUGAUACAAUGCAUGGGGUGGGGGGUGAAGCCAGACUCAACUAAAUCAACACAACAUGCCAAUUCUGUAGCCUUCAUCAGGCUGCUGAGCAAUGCUAAGCCUGCCACAAAAAUGUUGCCUCAUGUGUCUAACUGACAGUGGCAACUUUCAUGCCAUUGCCAGGGGAAACAAUAAAAGGUCUUACAUACACCACACUUACAUGUAGUUAGCCAUCUGUCUUUCUCAUUACAAGAUUGGCAGAAGCCCUGGAUGUAAGCUUGUCCUCAAUCACUUGACGGUUGCUGAAUCUGUAAAUCGAGUCGGCCCGGUCGGAGCUCCCUUUUUCUCUCUCUCCUUGCAGGUUCCUUCAUGAGGAAAUCAAUUGAGUCUACACAGAUAUCUUAUGAGUAGUGAUGUCACGUGACCAAUCUAUCUUUCAUGACCACCCAGCCAGUUUGUAUAUUGCUCAAAGUUGGUAGUUUCCAUCUGCUUUGUACCUUUCCUGCUCUUGUGGUAACAAUGGUAUACUUUGCUUCCAUUGUUAAUAAGACCUUCCUAAUAUGAAAUAGCUGUCACUGUCUGCUGGAUCUGAUCUCAUCCUUAUCUCAAGGCACUUUACAAGGACGGUCAACUCCCUCAUUAAUUACAAGAAACCUCUAGCAGAACCAGACUCAGUGUAUCUGGCAGUGUCUCAACCGUUUUGGGGUGAGAAGAGAAAAAUGGGGAAGUAGAGGGAAGGAGAGGUGGGUGAAAAAGGGGGGAGAUAAGAGCGAGAGAUAGGGAGAGGGGGAGGAGAGGCAGACCAGGAAUAUUAGUGUAACCAUCAGGUUUCAGCGCUGACAGACUAGUUGUUACAAGGAAAACAAUAAUAGUCGUAAUUAUGGAUGUCAAGAUGUUAUUAAUGAUAGCAGCAACAAUUCAUAUAAUAAUAAUAAUAGUUGUUGUCUGAAUCCUUCAGCUCUUGAGUCAGAGAUACCAGCAGAUAUAUAUAUAUAUAUAUAGAGAGAGAGAGAGAGAGAGAGAGAGAGAGAGAAAGAGAGAGAGAGAGAGAGAGAGGAUAUGGGAGGGAGCAUGAUGGGAGUUCCCAGCAGUGUCGACCUUUAGCAGCAUAACAAAGUGGUGGUUCAGGACUUAUCUGAGCCCAAACGAUAGGCUUUAUCAAAAAGGAAAGUUUUAAGUUUAACCUUAAAUGAGGAGAUGGUGUCUGACUCCUGAACCCAGAGUGGGAGCUGGUUCCAAAGGGAGAGGAGCCUGGUAGCUGAAGGCUCUAUCUCCCAUUCUACUCUUACAGAUUUUAGCCUGUGUUUUGGGAGUGAAGUAAUCAAUUUGGAUAAUAUGGUGUUAUGAGCGAUUUGAUAUACAAAGGGGAUUGAUUGUUAAGAGCUUUAUUUGGUUGGUAAAGUGUUUUGUAUUUAUAUAGCGCUUUUCUAGUCUUGAUGACCACUCAAAGCUCUUUACAGUACAGUUUUACAUUCACACACACAUUCAUACAGUGCAUCUAUUCGCAGCACUUUGUUAUUCUAUGGGAGCCAUCCUGAUCGUUGUGGCUGCUGAUUGUGGACUGAUUACAACAGGAUUACAACAGUACUGCUUGAUAUACAAUAUGUCUACUCAGAUACUCUACCAUUACUGCAAUAAUCCAGCAAAAUUCAAUUUCCUUUCAUUAUGCUACAAAAUGUUUCUUCUAAUCAAUGCUGUUAAUACUUUUAUCUGUCUAAUUUUCUCCAUUACACGUGUCUUACAGGUUUCCACGUUCAUUUCCUUACUCUUUGAGGGUGCAGGGUUAAGGGCAGUUGGUGUCACACCUUGUUAACCCCAAUGAAACAAAUAUGAAU